AUGGCGCUGGUUCCCCCAGCGGUGGAGGCCGCCGAGGCGCUGGCGGCUACCGCCCACGCGACUGGCGGAGGAAGCGAGGGAACACUUGGUGUCCUGGGGAACGGUGGCCCCGGGGGAAGCGCGGCAGGGAUCCUCUUGUCGGCCCCUGGGGGAUCCUCAUCACCCCUGGCUCCGAGCCUCGACAUCGCCACCGCCGUUAGGAGCCUCGGCAUGGACGAGUCGAUGUUCAGAGGCUUCGUCCAAGAGAUCGGGGGCGUCUGGGAGGAGGUUACGUUGGGGGAGAUCUUCGAGAUGUUCGACGAGGACCUCGUUACAGCGAUGCGCACCUGCAACGCUGUCACCGACGAGGGCGAGGGUUUGCAACGCCUGGCGGAGCUCGCGGGGCAGACCCCGAAGGCUUGGGGAGGUUCUGCCCCAGCCGUGAAGGCACCGCCGGCGGCGGCGCCUGCCCAGCAACAGGCGCCGCAGCAAGUGGUGGUCACGCCCACUACGCACGAGUUCUCCACCGUUAUCGAGCAAGGCCGUCGGACCACGUUCCAGGAGCUCUCAUCCGAGAAGGUCCGGACGUUGUGCGAGGCCUACGACGACAAGUGGGGAAUAUCCAGAGACUACGAGGAUUGUAGUGCCCUCCAGCUGUCCGCCUUGGCGGCGAAGCUUGGCCUGGACGAGUCCCCUUGGGUGGACUUCGCCGUCUGGGGGCCCUUCGGCAAGCGCAUCCAAAAGCUCCUCUACUUCAACUCCGACGUCUUCGUCAACGGGGAGUACAUCAAGCGGAAGAUCCUCGGCCCCUCCAACUUCGAGGGUUUCCGCAAGUCGUGGCAGGUGUUCCGGACCGCCGCCUUGAAGCUCGACUUCACGAAGGCGGGCCCGGUGGACAGCUACCUGGAAGUUGUCCGACAGCUUGCUACGCUGUUCCCGAGGUGGGGGGCCAUCUACACUGUGGUGUCCCACAACAUGGAGGGGCGGUGGGACCAGCUACGGGAGAAGAUGGAACGAGCAGUCCAGAACGGCAAGCCUCCGGAUGGUUGGGACCCCAAGCGACCUUGGCAGGCCGUCUUGAUGGCCGCUGCCUACAAUGAGGGCUCCGACGCACAAUGGUGGAGGUCGCACCUCCCUUGCUUGACCUCCAGCUCCCCGGCAGGAGUGGCCGCCACCGUGGCGGCUCUCGAGGGGGCCGCACAGGACUUGCCGCUAAUUAGCGCCGCCGUCGCGCCGCCAACCGGCAAGCAGCCGCCCUGCCCAGAGGGUGGAUAG